ACCGAUAGUAAGAUAAUUACAUUUUGUGGACCCUUUUAAUAAAUUGAAAUGUAACAAAAUACUCUUGAGAUCUAGUCAUACACAAAAAAUUUGCUGGCCGCUGCCACAAAACGUCCAUACUUAAGUUUUUUUUUUUAAAAUGGUGAAAGAAGGAUUGAUGCCGAAGCACCCUUCUAAUGCAGUGAACACUUCGGCUGAGUCUAUUAGAAAUUCUAUGACACCUAACGAACUUCAAAACGUAUUUGCCAAUACUCAUGAACAUCCGCCUAGACACACGAGAAUUAUUUACACAAAAAAAUCUCCACAAGAUGCCAAUUUCCCUCACACUUGUGCUAAAAAAGUAAAAAGACGACGCAACAGUGAUACGUCCAGUGAAGAAGAUAGGUGGCUUACUGCCAUAGAAACUGGACAACUAAACGUUGUUGAUGACGAACUUAAAAAGAUAAAAGAUCCCAAACUUAUGACAGCUCGUCAACGUGCUAUUUAUGAAAGGACACAGGAUUCGGAGAUAAAUGGCUUUUUAGAAGAGCUAAUUGCUCUUCCAAGUGGUUAUAAAGAAAAGGAAAAGCCGCAGACUGCGGAGGAAAUUCAUAAAGCUCUUUUGAAAUCUCAAAAACGAAAGCAACAAGCUGACGAAAGGCGAGAAAAAGAUAAACUGAAGACAAUGGAGCGCUUGUUAAAAAAACAGGCAACCAACAAGGACCGCACUUCAAUUCGCAAUAAGUCCGCACAACAGGCUUCUUAUCCAAAAAUGACCUAUAUAAGUGCUGUUAAAGGCAACUAUGUAAUAGUUCCCACAGGUUACGAAUUUCCUUUAAAGGCACAAAUCCCUCGUACACCGCCUCUUUCACAGGUGUGCUAUGUAAGCGGUUGUGAAAAUCGCAAGACAUAUAACUGUUCAACGACAAAAGUUCCAUUAUGCAGUCUUACAUGUUAUCGCAAGAACCUUUUACACAAUAUCAACUAAAUAAGAAAAACGUCUUUGUAAUCGGAUUUAAUUUUAAUAUUGAUUGACAAAAAAACUGUUUAUUAUUUCAUGUUGUUCAGUUUCAAUUCGCUGUAAAAACUGCAAUUCGCCUUUUAAGCGAUCAAGUUCUACUGUUUGCUCAAAUAUCUCAUAUUGAUAGACUUGCUGCAUACUCUGGCGCUGAAUAAAUGCCGUUUUUAAUUGAUUUUGUGUACCAA